AUGGCCACCGGAGGUAUGACCCUGGAGAGCCUACCGAACGAGCUACCAUUAGACUUCUUGAGCAAAAUCACAAAUAACUUCUCCGGUGAGCUACUACUUGGUCAGGGCGCGUUCGGGUCAGUUUAUAAGGGGAUCCUGGACGAUGGAGUGGUUGCUGUGAAGAAGCUCGCAGAAAAUUCGCCUGUACCACGUGACACAAUAUUCGCGAAUGAGGUUCAGAAUAUUAUGGUGCUCGAGCAUGAAAAUAUCGUCAAGUUGGUUGCCUACUGCCGGGAAGCACAAAACAAAUUGGUGCAGAGCAACGGACGAUAUAUUAUUGCAGAGAUCACUGACACUGUACUCUGCUAUGAAUACUUGCCUAAGGGGAGCCUUCACAAGAAUCUUUUUGGUGAAUCCAGUAGCAUUGAUUGGGAUAUGCGCUUUAAAAUAAUAAAGGGAAUAUGUGAAGGUAUACAUUUUCUACAUACCUUGCCUAGUCCCGUUCUCCAUUUGGGUCUGAAGCCUCAGAAUAUACUACUGGGUGACAACAUGACACCGAAAAUUGCGGAUUUUGGUUUCUCCAGAAUAUUCGGCCAAGAUCAAACCCGAAAGAACACACGAAGUGUCGUGGGAUCGAUUGGGUACAUGGCCCCGGAGUAUCUGUACAAUGGCGAAAUCUCGGCUCGGUCAGACAUAUAUAGUUUAGGCCUAAUCAUAAUGGAGAUAUCCACGAGAGAGAUGAAUAGUUCUAGCACUGACCAGAAGCAUGCAAGGAAAUAUAUUGAUGGAGUAAAAGAAAAUUGGACACUGGAGAAAAUAAUGUGUGAGUACAUUGAGUUAGAAGAACAUGGUUUCAAUCAAGUAGAAGCAUGUAUCAAUAUUGGUCUACAGUGUGUAGAGAUUGAUCAGAAGAAGAGACCUUCCAUAGAGAACAUUGUCAAUAUGCUCAAUAAGCUUCCAGUGAGCGAGGAGUCUCCCUGUCCACGUGAGCACAAAACAUCCCACUUUUCAGUGAGAGAUGCCGAACAUCAAGUAAAACAAGAUCAGUGCUACAAAAGUGGAUGA